AUGGACCUCACCCCCGGGCUUGAAAAUGAUGUCCUCCAUACCCCUUCUCAUACUGCAUCCAUGUCCUAUCCACAUCCUUCGUCCUCGUCUGCGCAGACUCCUCAGCCACAAGAACAGUCUAUGCAACACUCUCAAUCUCAAGGGCAGUCUUCUGGUCCCAAGUUCUCCAACGGGCCACACAUACGUUCGAGGAUAACAGUUGUAUGUGCCGAGUGUAAACGGCUGAAAUUGAAAUGCGAUCGCCGUACGCCAUGCGGGUCAUGUCUCAAGCGCGACACCGUGACGCGCUGCAUCUAUUCGCAGGCUGCCUCCGAAAAGAUUGACGUCCAGACGCUUCACAACCGGCUUUGCGUCGUCGAAAGCGCUCUCGGCACAAUGUUCAACGGAGCUCAUUCUCCUCUUCUUGCGCCAGUAUACGCCGAGUUGUCUCCUCAAGCAAAGGAACUAAUUGCAUCGAUGGGAUCGCCGGACGUAGUGACGCCGAACAGGACCGCACCUGUGCAGCCAGUGGCACCGGUCCGCUUGCACGCACACCCAAGUAGCGAUCGUGCUCUCAUCGCAGUCGGGGCUUCUGGCAGUUCCGUUCUCAUCAACCUAGAAGACGUCGCAAGUAUUUGGCUUGUCGAGCUUGACGAGCUCAACCCAUCGUCGACGUCAGCUUCGGAAUUGAGCACGAAUCCCGCAGGUUCGUCUGGCGGGGCGAGAGUAAAGCUUGAACCAACACCGGUACUUAUGCCGCCCGUUCCGUCGUUGCUGUCGGCAUCUCGGGACUCUUUCAGUCCUGGGAGGCUAAAUUCUACAUUUGUCCCUCCCGUUCCAUACGAGACCUUCCUGCCAUCUGCUUCCGCUCCAAGUACGCACGUUGCGACGUCAACGAAUAUGUUCCCUCCAGCAAUCCCUUCAACCAAUCUAAAUGAAACGCCACAAGUUACUCUUGUCCUCUUGAAUCGCCUUCCGCCAGCUAGUGCGCGCGCCCAGUAUAUGCAUGCCCUCGAAGAAACAAUGGCCCUCCAUCCUUGCUUCAAUGUGAAGCAUUUCACUCAGCGGAUGGAGGCGAUGUUCGUGUGGGGCGAUGCGGGUGGCUUUAAUUUCCCUCCUUCAAACUCCGUCAAAACUGGUGCGCCAGCGCCUGCUAAUAGUAUGAAGGCUUUGGCACACGAAGUAUUCUACGGACAACCGCCUGCAAACGGCAAGCCCUCCAAAGUCGGGAAGGACGUAGGUCGGUCUACGGUGCCCCAUCACGGCGCUGGCAGCCCACCCAAACCCACUUUAAGUUUCUUUGCCGCAGCGUCUGCAGCUUUCGCGCUGGGUGCGUUGGCCUCGGGUGGGGAUCCCCCGGGCGACCUAUCGUCAGAUGGGUCAAGCGGUGAGGAGAGCGAACGAUGUAACCCUGCGGCGUUAUUUGCGCUGUCUGAGCAAGCCUUAGCGCUGUUCGAGAAGACAUCCUUGUAUGAUUUGGAUGCGGUGAUUGCGAUGGUCUUGCAGAUCCUGUAUCAGCUCCACGAUGGACAGAUGAGCGUCGCUCAGGGCGUCUUCCCAUUGGUGAGUAAGGCGAUCAAUGUUGCUAGGAUGAUGGGCCUUGCGAACGACCCGGACGAAUUCCCUGGGACAUACAGUCUGUUCGAGGCCGAGACACGCAGGCGGGUCUGGUGGGACAUUUUUUACUAUGAUCUGUACAUCUCGGACUGCAUGGGUCAUCCGCCUUUGAUACCAGACAAUUCGUUUACCACGCGCAUGCCGGCAGAGGUUGAUGAGGAACAUUUCAGUCCAUCCUCAACGACGCUGCCUGCAGUUCCCAGUGGCGAAGGGAUCGAGAGAGGGACAACAUACUUCACCCUCAAGUGCAGACUAGCGCAGCUCGUCAAGAAUGUGAAGAAGCAGACGUUUAAGGAUCCUUUGUCUGAAGAUCCGUCCGAACUGUCGAUCGAACAAGCGGCGAAUUUCGAAGCCGAAGUUACGACGUUCUUAUCCACAUUGCCUCCGACAUUCUGUCUCGAGUUGCACGGCGACCUCGCUGAUCUGUCGCUUCCAUCUUCGGUAUCGCCCAGACUUCAGGCGCAGAAGUGCGAGCUAGCGAUCCUGGCUAACCGCCUGAUCCUUAAGUUGUACUUGCCCUUCCUCAAAGAGGCUAGUUCUGCUGGAGCUGCUAGGCACCAGGCAGUCUUCGGCACCGUUAAUGCGGCUCACCAGAUUAUCAAUGCGUCUCGUAUGCUGCACUUCGUGUGGAAGCAGACUAGACCUGCGGCAUUCGACUUCUACGACUUCGGACGGGCUUUGUUCGAUGCUUCGGUCAUUUGUGCUCAUGCCGUCAUCCAGCAGCCAACGCAUAUGCUGGCAGCGGAGGCAAUCAAGAGUGUGGGGAAUGGUCUCGAUGUCUUACGCGAACUUGGGGCGUCGAAGUCGGGUGUUGAGGGUGUCCGUGGCGAGGGUAAUAAAGCGGAAGCGAUUCGUAUUGUUGAGGCCAUGAGGCGAAAAGCUGAAGCAGCCCGCAGCGGCAGUUCCGGUUCGAGCAACAAUGCAACUGUGGGCCUGAAGAGGAAGCGUUCAUUGUUGGACGAUGAUAGAUCUUCUUUCCGUCUGCCGUUCGUUGGCGCUUCAGUGACCUCGGUGCGGCCAGAUCAGUCCAAGACGCUCAUUUCUCCUUCGAAGGUGGCGGCGGCGAAGGAUGCAUCAAUAUAUGAUGGCAAGUCGAAGCCCGAUUCGAAGCGACAGGCAAAAGAGAAGGAUAGAGACAAGGACAAGGACAAGACUCAAAAGUAUUCUCCUGUUUCGAUUCGCUCGCGGCCAAGCCAAGGGCCGCCAACUUCUCGCACGAGGACAGCUUCUGUUUCUAGCAACGCACCACCGCCUUUGAACACCAACCUCCGCCCCGAGUCGUCUACCCCUAGUGUCCCGCCGCUAUUGCCGGUAUCGUCCUCACACUCACAAGGCAUGAUACAGCGCUCGAGCGCCGUGGAGUCGCCGAGUGUGACUGGUUUUGAGCACUAUCCUCCGCCCAGGCCAUCGAACACUCCGGUCAAUGAGCAGAUGCAGCGUGACGACUACCCCAUGCAUUAUCCCAGUGAUGAAGACAAGCGAAGGUACAGCUCAGUAUCGUUCGCAGAUUCACCACGGACAGCGUCGUUGUUUGACCAAGCGUCCCUAUCCCAACCAAGUCCAGUAUCUUAUAGCACAGGACCCACACCUCCUGGCUACUUCCAGUAUCCUCCUGCUUCAGGCCCUUCGUACGACCACUCUGCCUUGAGCCAGUCUCACGGUCUGCCACCCAUGGCCGGGCUUCCACCGCCACCACCAAUGCUGGAUCCUCCAAGCGCGGGUGGCAUGACAAUGUCCGCUAUGCCUCCGUCGCAGUAUGCGCAGUACGACAAGCAGCCUCAAUACCACAUGAGCCGGCCGCCCAGUCACAGUCGACCGAUGACCCAUGAGUAUCAGCCUCAGCCUCAGCCCCCGAGUCAGUCGAUGCCGAUGUCUGGUUCCCAAGGGUGGUUGCAGCCGGAUUUGAGUGGAGGCAGCGACAUGUGGACCGAAUACAAGUAUAUGGGCUGA